UCAAGAUUUCCUCAAUAUGUCUGCCUGCAUUCCUUCUCCAUCUCUUGGGACGCGAUCCCAAUUCCCACGCUCACCAGCCGCAGGCAGCUGGGCCCAACAUGGAAGCUAUCGGCGAUCUGGAUCCUGCAGCCUUGUCCUCGAGUGAUCUUCUAUGCUUGCAGCCUCGACCGCAGAACACUGAUCCACCCGCGAGAACCCACACCCGGUCGGAAUGGAAUUCCCACAAGGAGAAUAUCAGACUACUGUAUUGUGUCAAAGGCAGAAAAUUGCAAGAAGUAGUUGAGUUGUUCAAACGUCAACAUGACUUUUUUGCGACAGAAAAGCAAUUCAAGGAUCGAAUUCGUGUGUGGGGGUUUGACAAGAAAAUCAAGAUGCGGGAGAUGAAAGCGAUUAUUCGAAAGCGACACUUCCGGUCUCUACAGGGAAAGGAGAGCAGCUUCGAGGUCAGAGGUCGCCCUGUUGACCAGGCCCACAUAAAUCGAGCCAGUGCAAGAUACGGGAGUUGCCACGCCCCGAGUAGGAGCCCAGACGUAGCCACCCCUCCAGAUGUACGUUACUACACACCUCCCGAAGAAUGGUCGCCGAACUCGACUGCUGUCAAUGAUGUUAUUUUCCCCGUUGCAGAUGAUAUGAUCACCUUACAACAUCUUCUGCUUCAGGAGCAGCAGAUUUCUGGCAGCACCACUCUAGUGAGCACUUUCAAGGAACCUUUAUCGACUGGCCGGGAAUUCCAUUCCAUGAAUUCCAGCUAUAGUUUCAACUCCGUUGAUUACGACGUCAGUUAUGCAACAGCACCUAUGUGGAAUACUUCACCAGUUGCAUCUGUCCAGUUUGGAACCUGUGCAAACUCCCAAUCGUCAUUAGCGACUCACAUUGAUCCUCGUAUCCUCCAAAACGAGUUCUCUUGGGACAGUGUCGAGAGUAUGCCACCACCACAGGCCCCGGAAUGCACCUCGGAUGAGGUUUUUGGAUCCAACCAAGCGGCCAUUCCUGAAGCACACUCACCAACGAAUGCCGAAGCCAGUCCACCCACUUCUGCGCCUGCCAAGCGAUACGGAGCAAGUGAAGAAGACGAACUCAGUCUUAAAUUUGAUAAACUGCACGCUGUACAUGGGCUCCACCACACUGAGACUAUCCGAACGCUAGACAACUUGGCAUCUCUUCUCAAGGCCCAAGGCCGCUAUUCAGCGGCCGAGCAUUUGGCCAGUCAAGUCGAAGUAGCCUGCGAACACACCUUCGGCAAAUACAACCGAACCACUCUUCUUGCAAACAUGUCCCGAAUCGACGCUAUAGCUUGUCAAGGCCGGUAUUACACUGCAAAAACUGAAAUCAAUGAUCUACGCAGGCGCGCUGGGAGAUAUCUUGGCUUUACGGACCUGGCCACUAUCAGCAUAACCAGUCUGAUGUCAAAGAUCCUGUAUGCCCUAGCGGAGUAUGUCGAGGCUGAGAAGCUAGCUGGAGAGGUGUAUCGAGUGCAAUCCAAGAAGCUAGGAAGAUUCCAAAGGGAUACUCUCGCGGCGAAGGCUUUCUGGGCUGUAGUCUUGGUAGCGUUGAAUCGACGUUCUGCAGGCGAAACUCUCCUCCGAGAGGUGGUGGACGAGCAGCGCCCACAGGAUGAUCUUCGGGCUCUUGAUAGAAUUGGAGAUCUGGCUUAUACGCUGUGUAUGCAAGGCCGAUUCAAAGAGAGCGAGGAGCUAGAGUGCUAUAUACUCCAACGUCAAACCCCUAUCUUGGGACCUGAUCAUCCAAACACGCUGCGCACAAUUGUUCGUCUUGGAAGAACACUGAGUCUCCAGAGAAAAUUCAAGGAGGCGAGGGAUAUGUUGAUGGAGGUGUUGGAAAGGCAGGGUCGGGUGCUUGGAGAGAGGCAUCGUGAGGUGUGGAUUACGUGUGAAGAGAUAGCGCGUUGCUUGAGGGAUAUGGGAAACGGUGAUGAUGCGAAACAAUACUUUAGACGAGCUUGGGGAGAGUGAGAGUGGGUGAGCAAGAGUGACGAGGCGUGUAUUGAGUCACAUGAAUAAACCAUACGGAGAGUAAUAGCAGCUAAGAUAACACAUAAUGCAAUAUGUCUCUCUUUGAUCAAUAAUAUUAGAUUGAGGCCCUUCCAAAAUCG